AUUUUCUUUCAAAUAUAUUUAUAUUUAUUCAAUCAUAAUUGAUUGUUGGUGCCAGUAAACGAAGUUAUAACAAAAUUAAAGUUUAAAUGAUGAAUAUGAUACGUUAUUUGCAUACCAAGACUUGGGAAACUUGGAGGAAUCCAAAUGUUCAGAAAAUUGUCUUUCAACCGGAUACUGAUAAAUUGAAGAGAAUAAAACAGAAGAGAGAAAUUGUACCACCCAUGAUGUCCAGAGUGGAGAAGACAUCUGGUCCUAGAUACAACUAUUUGGAUAUACAAAUGAUUUCAGAUUCUCUAUACAAACAAGUGUUUAAAAAUUAUUCUAAACCUGAAUUUAAUGCCACUUUAAUUGAAAGUUGUAGAAAAACUCUGGAUAAACAUGAAAUGUAUAGCAAAGCUGGUGAAGUUGUUAAUGACAUUGAUCUGGAAUUACCUCCAAUGCUAGGUAACAAUUUGGAAGAACAUUUUUUGGCAAUAGGGGAGCAGCAGUCAAAACCAUAUUUUGAAAUUGUGGAGAAAUUAAUGGGAACACUACCUAAAAGACCAAAAUUUUGGAGUUUUCAACAAGGCUGGACCAGAUAUGUUCCAGGUCAAAAUCCUGUUUCAGUAGAUUAUCCACUGGAAGAUGGCAUAAUCUUUGAUGUAGAAGUAUGUGUGAAAUCUGGAAAAGCGCCUACAUUGGCAACAGCAGUCAGUAGGGAAGCAUGGUAUGGCUGGGUCAGUCAAGAAUUGAUUGAUGGAAGCAGCAAACCACAAUCUGAUCAUCAGUAUACUGAAUCAUCUUUAAUUCCACUGGAAUCCACAGGGAAGUUCAGUGAUGACUUAUUGAAGCCCAAAGUAGUUAUUGGUCAUAAUGUAUCAUAUGAUAGAGCAAGAAUUAAAGAGCAGUAUUGGUUAGAAAGAACUGGCCUCAGGUUUGUUGACACCAUGUCUUUGCAUGUGUGUGUCAGUGGAAUGACUAGUUACCAAAGAGCAGUUCUUAAGUCCAAAUCUGAGGACAAUGAGGAUGUAUCCUGGAAGGCAUUAAGUUCUCUAAACAGUUUAAAUGAAGUUCAUAAUUUAUAUUGUGGAUCAUACAUUGAUAAGGAAACUCGUAACCUAUUUGUCGAAGGCACGAUUAUCGAUAUUCAAAGAGAAUUUUCAACUGUCAUGGACUAUUGUUGCAAUGACGUUAUUGCCACUCACAAUGUUCUACUAGAAUUAUUUCCUAUGUUUAAGGAACGCUUUCCGCAUCCCGUAACUUUUGCUGGUAUGCUAGAAUUGGGUACAGCGUAUUUGCCAGUAAAUUCUAAUUGGUUGAGGUAUAUUGAAGAAUCGCAACAAACGUACGAAGAUUUAGACAUCGAAGGAAAAAUGUUAUUAACGAAAAGAGCAGAUCAGGCUUGCCAUCUCUUGCACGACGAUAAAUAUAAAGACGAUAUUUGGAUGUGGGAUCAGGACUGGGAAGUGAAGCAAUUCAAAAUUAAAAAAGAAACUGCGAAACGUGCCAAAGAAAUGAUGCUUAAACGGCAAGUUGUUCCUAAAGAAGAUGAGGAAGAUUUGGAUCCUCUGGAUUUCAAGUUUCAGUAUUUGGAAGAUAUGAAGGAUUUGAUAUAUAAGAAUCAGAUACUGUCUGGCUAUCCAUCUUGGUAUAAAAAGCUUUGUUUGAAACAUAACGCACCUGACUGGACGCCCGGUCCGCAUUUAAUUAGUACAUCCAUGCAAAUUACUCCGAAAUUAUUGAAUUUGACUUGGGAAGGAUUUCCACUUCAUUUUAUUAGGGGAUUGGGGUGGGGACUUUUAGUACCAUUUAACGCGGACUGCGACGACAAAACUAUUCCUCUAAGAAAAUUAUUGGAAAAAUGUCCAUUGAGGACAAUUAAAGGGCAACAAGGUGAAAUGUUUGAUAACAAUAUAAGACAAUUAGUUCAGGAGAACUUGGCAAGGAAGGAAUAUUAUAGUAAAGUAAAGAAAGAUCAAUCUGACGGUGUUUAUGAUGGUUCUGGAAUUUGGUGUAACACGAUUUUGGAGGAUUCUGUUUUCUUUUUUAAACUUCCCCAUAAGGAUGGAGCUGCAUACCGCGUUGGCAAUCCAUUAGCUAAAGACUUCUUAAAUAAAUUCUCUGAAAAUGUAUUAGCUGGAGAUACGGAUGGAGCCGAACAAGUUCUUGCAAUUGCUAGGAAAUUAAGUUACUGGAGAAACAACAGAGAUAGAAUAAAAGAGCAGAUGGUCGUGUGGUUAGAUGAAGAGAUGAAUUACGGAUCUAUUAUACCGCAAAUUGUUGUAUGCGGGACGUUGACGAGACGCGCAGUCGAAUCGACUUGGAUGACUGCUUCCAAUGCACAUAAAGAAAGGAUUGGUUCGGAAUUAAGAGCGAUGAUUCAAGCACCGAAAGGAUAUAAGAUAGUUGGUGCUGAUGUUGACUCGCAGGAAUUGUGGAUUGCUAGCGUAAUUGGAGACGCGAAUCACGCGAAGAUGCAUGGAGCCACUCCAUUAGGCUGGAUGACUUUAAGUGGUAGCAAAGCAGAUGGUACAGAUAUGCACAGCGUGACGGCCAAAGCUGUUGGUAUAUCUCGUGAUCAUGCUAAAGUUAUGAACUAUGCUAGAAUCUACGGUGCAGGUCAAAACUUUGCCGAACGUCUUCUAAAACAAUUCAAUCCAUCAAUGUCUGAAGGAGAAGCUCGCAGCAAAGCUGUAAAAAUGUUUAACUUAACCAAGGGUAAACGAUUCUAUCAAAUUCGUCCAGAGUAUUUGCACGAUUUCGCUGAUAUACCGUAUAAUAAAUGGCAGGCAUAUGAAUUAGCCAAGAUUCAUGGUAAACAUUUACACGAAAUGUUCUUUAAACCUAAAUGGGUCGAUGGUACUGAAUCUGCCAUGUUCAACAGAUUGGAAGAGAUUGCAGGAAAUUUUAGUCCAGUCACAACGUUUUUAAAUUCAAGGUUGAGCAGAGCGCUCGAACCCAAAUAUUUGCCCGAUGAUAAAUUUUUGCCCACUCGAAUCAAUUGGGUUGUACAGAGCGGAGCAGUAGAUUUUCUUCAUCUAAUGUUAGUCUGCAUGAGAUGGAUUAUGAAGGAUGACGUUAGGUUCUGUUUAAGUUUUCACGAUGAAAUCCGGUAUAUUGUUCCAGAUGAACAUAAAUACAGGGCUGCACUGGCUAUGCAUGUCACCAAUUUAUUAACGCGCGCAUUCUGUUCGGUUCGCUUAGGCAUAAACGAUUUGCCAAGUUCCGUUGCUUUCUUCUCAUCGGUGGAAAUCGAUGAUGUUCUGAGGAAAGAGUCGAAGCAUGAUUGUAAAACACCAUCAAAUCCACACGGGUUAGACAAGGGCUACGGUAUCCCCAACGGCGAAAGUUUAAAUAUUAAUGAGGCUAUUGAAAAAGCUUACAAUAGAAAGCGAAAAUGGUUCAUGAAAGCGGAGAGAUGUCGCGAGCAAUGAAACGUAAGCACGUUUUCAACGAAUCCAUCCAGAACUACUUUUCUCCACCCACAGAUGAGCAAG